AUGGGUUGCUGUGGCUGUGGUGGCUGUGGUGGCUGCGGUGGCUGUGGCUGUGGCAGCUGUGGCUGUGGUGGCUGUGGCGGCUGCGGUGGCUGCGGCUGUGGUGGCUGUGGCUGUGGUGCUACCGGGUGGGCUGCUGUGGGGGCUGCUGCGGCUGCUGCCGUGGCUGCUGUGGAGGCUGCUGCAGCACCCCUGUGGUCUGCUGCUACCGCCGCCGCACCUGCUGCUGUAGGCCUUGUUGCUGCAGCUGUGGCUGUGGCUGCGGGAAGGGCUGCUGUCAGCAGAAGUGCUGCUGCCAGAAGCAAUGCUGCUGCUAGACUUGAAGCUGCUAAGGCAUCCUGCUGCUGA